CAAACACUGCUUGAGGACAAAUGACCAAAUACAGUAGAGGUCAACAAAGACUUCUCCAGGACAAAUGACCAAAUCCAGAAGUGACAAGUGUUUAGAGACCAGGCUGGCUGACGGCUUGUUGCAACGUUGGCUCGGGAUCAGCCAGCGCCGCAGCAACGACGUGUGACCCGCUUUCCAGACGCAGCCAUGAGCAGAAGACUGCGCUCGCCGUCUGUGCAGAGAGUCAGCGCCAGUCAGUCUUCCCCCUCUCGUCUUCGGCGCCGCACGGCGGGAACUGGACUCUCUCCUCGGACCCCGGCCGGUCCAUCGGCGGUUGUCUUCUCGAUCAAAAGCCUCGAUGGACCUCCAUGAUGAGCCCUGAACCUGUGGUACAAAGUCCAACAUGAGCCCCCUGCCGGCCCUGCGGGUGUCCCGCCUUCCUCUCCUGCUCCUCCAGGCCUUGGUGGUCUCCUCCAAGUACGAGAGGUCGGCGGUGCCAAGCUCCGCCUCCCGCCUGGUGGCCAGGAUGGACGGCGACAUCAUCAUCGGGGCGCUCUUCUCCGUCCACCACCAGCCGUCGGCCGAGAAGGUGGCGGAGAGGAAGUGCGGCGAAGUACGCGAGCAGUACGGCAUCCAGAGGGUGGAGGCCAUGUUCCACACGCUGGACCGCAUCAACUCGGACCCUCGCCUGCUGCCCAACAUCACGCUGGGCUGCGAGAUCCGCGACUCCUGCUGGCACUCCUCCGUGGCGCUGGAGCAGAGCAUCGAGUUCAUACGGGACUCCCUCAUCUCCAUCCGGGACGAGGGCGAGGGUGCCAGGUGGUGUUUAGACGGGGCGCCCUCCGCCCAGCCCCCGCCCACCAAGAAGCCCAUCGUAGGGGUCAUCGGGCCCGGGUCCAGCUCGGUGGCCAUUCAAGUGCAGAACCUUCUGCAACUGUUCAACAUCCCGCAGAUCGCCUACUCGGCCACCAGCAUCGACCUGAGCGACAAGACGCUGUUCAAGUACUUCCUCAGGGUGGUGCCGUCCGACACGCUGCAGGCCCGGGCUCUUCUGGACAUUGUCAAACGCUACAACUGGACCUACGUUUCUGCCGUCCACACAGAAGGGAACUACGGCGAGAGCGGGAUGGAAGUGUUUAAGGAGCUGGCGGCGCUGGAAGGUCUCUGCCUGUCGCACUCGGACAAGAUCUACAGCAACGCCGGGGAGAAGCAGUUCGACAGGUUGCUGUGGAAACUGCGCCAGCGUCUGCCCAAAGCCAGGGUGGUGGUCUGCUUCUGCGAGGGCAUGACGGUGCGAGGCCUGCUCAUGGCCAUGAGGCGGCUGGGCGUGGCCGGAGAGUUCCUCCUAAUUGGCAGCGACGGCUGGGCUGACCGGAUGGAGGUGGUGGAGGGAUAUGAGCAGGAGGCGCUGGGCGGCAUCACGGUCAAGCUGCAGUCGGCCGAGGUCUCCUCCUUCGACCGCUACUUCCUCAAACUCAAGCUCGCCACCAACGGCCGCAACCCGUGGUUCCCCGAGUUCUGGCAGCACCGCUUCCAGUGUCGGCUGCCGGGUCACCCGCAGGAGAACCCCAAUUAUGUGAGGAACUGCUCAGGUCAGGAGCGCCUGCAGGACAACUACGUCCAAGACAGCAAGAUGGGCUUCGUCAUCAACGCCAUCUACGCCAUGGCCCACGGCCUUCACGACAUGCACGCCAACCUGUGCCCUGACGGACACGGCGGUCUCUGCGACCACAUGAAGCCCGUGGACGGCAGCCACCUGCUGGACUUCCUGCUGAAGACCUCCUUUGCCGGCGUCUCCGGCGAGGACAUCUGGUUCGACGAGAACGGGGACUCACCUGGGAGGUACGAGAUCAUGAACUUCCAGAGCGUGGAGCCCGGCGCUUACGACUACGUCAACAUCGGCUCGUGGCACGAAGGCGUGCUGAGCAUCGCCGAUGACUUGAUGCGGAUGAACGCCAGCGGUGAGGUGCGCUCGGUGUGCAGCGAGCCCUGCUCCAGAGGAGAGAUCAAGGUGAUCAGGAAGGGAGAAGUCAGCUGCUGCUGGAUCUGCACGGCCUGCAAAGACAACGAGUACGUCCAGGACGAGUUCACCUGCACGGCCUGCCAGCUGGGCUGGUGGCCCGACCAAGAUCUGGAAGGCUGCGAGGCCAUCCCCCUGCACUACCUGGAGUGGAGCCACCCAGAGUCCAUCAUCCAGGUGGUCUUCUCCUGCCUGGGCAUCCUGGUCACCUCCUUCGUGGCGCUGACCUUCGUGGCGUACCGCGACACGCCGGUGGUCAAGUCCUCCAGCCGGGAGCUCUGCUACAUCAUCCUGGCGGGCAUCUUCCUGGGCUACCUGUGCCCCUUCACCCUCAUCGCCCGGCCCACCGUGGCCUCCUGCCACCUCCAGCGGCUGCUGGUGGGGCUCUCGGCCGCCAUGUGCUACUCGGCGCUGGUCACCAAGACCAACCGCAUCGCCCGCAUCCUGGCGGGCAGCAAGAAGAAGAUCUGCACCCGGAAGCCCCGCUUCAUGAGCGCCUGGGCGCAGGUGGCCAUCGCCUCGGCGCUGGUGGGCGUGCAGCUGGCGCUGGAGGUGACCCUCAUGGUGCUGGAGCCCCCCGAGCCCGUCAGGUCCUACCCCAGCGUCAGGGAGGUCUUCCUCAUCUGCAACACCAGCACCCUGGGCGUGGUGGCGCCGCUGGGCUACAACGGCCUGCUGAUCAUGAGCUGCACCUACUACGCCUUCAAGACGCGCAACGUGCCCGCCAACUUCAACGAGGCCAAGUACGUGGCCUUCACCAUGUACACCACCUGCAUCAUCUGGCUGGCCUUCGUGCCCAUCUACUUCGGCUCCGACUACAAGAUCAUCACCACCUCCUUCUCCGUCAGCCUGAGCGUCACCGUGGCCCUGGGCUGCAUGUUCACGCCCAAGAUGUACGUCAUCAUCGCCAAGCCCGAGCGCAACGUGCGCAGCGCCUUCACCACCUCGGACGCCGUGCGCAUGCACGUGGGCGGCGGCAGGGCGGCGUGCCGCGGCCACAGCCUGCUGGCCGUGUUCAAGAGGAAGAAGGACGGCAGGUGGGUUAAUUGCGUCUGGGAGGGUUGGCGCCUCAAGGGAGCGUCGCCCGGCGGUAGUCACUUCUACGCCGCCGACCCCGCCGGCUUAAUUAAGACCAGCCUCUCCGCGCCAGUUCUAACGGGAAGUCUGUGUCCUGGUCCGAGCCCGGUCCGAGGCCCCCCCCCCCCCAAAGGCGAGCACAUCUGGCACAGACUGUCGGUGCACGUGAAGAAGCAGGAGACGGCCGUCAUCAAGCCGCUGGCCAGCAGCUGUCGGACCUCAGCCGGGCCGCACUUCUCGCAGCUCAGCACCAAGACUUUGUACAACCUGGCCGAGGAGGACGAGGGCGACCACGGCCCCGGGACUCCUCCUUCGGGGCCGCGGGGCUCCCUGGCCACGUCGCACCCUGAGGCGUCCCGGGGGGGCCUGCCCGUGUACCAGCUGGCCCACCUCAUCCAGCAGGACCACCUGCGGCCCUUUGAGGAGGAACCCGCCUCGCCCCCGGAGGAGGAGGACCUGGAGAAGGAGCAGUUGGGCCUCCUCUUGGGUUUCUCCUCCUACAACAAUGGCCGGCUUCACCAAGAGGAUCUGAAAGUGGCCAUGGAGGACGCCCUGGCCCUCACGCCCCCGUCGCCCUUUCGAGAUUUGGCCCCCCCGCCCAGGAGCCCCUUCCUGGACUGGCCCCUGGCAGAGUCCAUUCUGAGCUCACCCCCCCGGUCCACCUACGCCAGGGCCGUCCUGCGGGACUACAAGCAGAGUUCCUCCACUCUGUGAUCCCUCCACACCUGCUCCAAAUGCUCCAAUUAACACACACUUAAUUAUAGAAAAACACUUCAAAUUAUUGUUUUGUUUUUUAACUUUUCAACAAUUAGUGAGAC